CCGGGCCCGGGGCGGGACCAGGCCUGCACCGGGCCAGGGAAGAUGGCGGCCAUGGAGAUGGAUUCGGCCCCGCUGACCCUAGAAUCGCUGCCCACCGAUCCCCUGCUCCUCAUCUUAUCAUUCUUGGAUUACCGGGACCUAAUCAAUUGUUGCUAUGUCAGUCGAAGACUUAGCCAGCUAUCAAGUCAUGAUCCGCUGUGGAGAAGACAUUGCAAAAAAUACUGGCUGAUAUCCGAGGAAGAGAAAACACAGAAGAAUCAGUGUUGGAAAUCUCUCUUCAUAGAUACUUACUCUGAUGUAGGAAGAUACAUUGACCACUAUGCUGCUAUUAAAAAGGCCUGGGAUGAUCUCAAGAAAUAUUUGGAGCCCAGAUGUCCUCGGAUGGUUUUAUCUCUGAAAGAGGGUGCUCGAGAGGAAGAUCUUGAUGCUGUGGAAGCUCAGAUUGGUUGCAAGCUCCCUGAUGAUUAUCGAUGCUCUUAUCGUGUCCACAAUGGGCAGAAGUUAGUGGUUCCUGGGUUGUUGGGAAGCAUGGCACUGUCUAAUCACUAUCGUUCUGAGGAUUUGUUAGACGUUGAUACAGCUGCAGGAGGCUUCCAGCAGAGACAGGGACUGAAGUACUGUCUCCCUUUAACUUUUUGCAUACAUACUGGCUUGAGUCAGUACAUAGCAGUGGAAGCUGCAGAAGGCCGAAACAAAAACGAAGUUUUCUACCAGUGUCCGGACCAGAUGGCUCGGAAUCCAGCUGCUAUUGACAUGUUUAUCAUAGGUGCUACUUUUACUGACUGGUUUACUUCUUAUGUCAACAAUGUUGUAUCAGGCGGCUUCCCUAUCAUCAGAGACCAAAUUUUCAGGUAUGUUCAUGAUCCAGAGUGUGUAGCAACAACUGGAGAUAUUACAGUUUCAGUUUCCACAUCGUUUCUGCCAGAACUUAGCUCUGUACAUCCACCCCACUAUUUCUUCACAUACCGAAUCAGGAUUGAAAUGUCAAAGGAUGCACUUCCUGAGAAGGCUUGUCAGUUGGACAGUCGCUACUGGAGAAUAACAAAUGCUAAAGGGGAUGUUGAAGAAGUUCAAGGACCUGGAGUAGUUGGUGAAUUUCCAAUCAUCAGCCCAGGUCGGGUAUAUGAAUAUACAAGUUGUACUACAUUUUCCACAACAUCAGGAUAUAUGGAAGGAUAUUAUACCUUCCAUUUUCUUUACUUUAAAGACAAGAUCUUUAAUGUCGCCAUUCCCCGAUUCCAUAUGGCAUGUCCAACAUUCAGGGUGUCUAUAGCCCGAUUGGAAAUGGGUCCUGAUGAAUAUGAAGAGAUGGAAGAGGAGGAAGAAGAGGAGGAGGAGGAAGAUGAUGAUGACGAUUCAGCAGAUAUGGACGAAUCUGAUGAAGAUGAGGAGGAGGAGAGACGGAGGAGGGUCUUUGAUGUUCCCAUUCGCAGACGCCGGUGCUCUCGCCUUUUUUAGCAAGCCUCUGCUGAUAGAAGCACUGGGAUAAAUCCAGUCUGUUAAAUAGAUUUCUCAGUCAUGUAAAUAACGAAAUGGUUCCCAAUAUAUAGCAGGAAAACUAGCAUGAAGUAUUGUUAUAUGGGUUCUGGGUUCUAGGUGACCCUCCAUUAGGAACUGGACUGUUUUGGUUUGCUUCGCGUUUUAGAGGUAGAGGAGGAAAUGGCAAUCUUUUUUCUCUUCUAGAAGUGAAUUAGGGGAAUUGUUCUCUAAUUAAGGAACAGAUGUUUCUUUGUUUUGAAAUAUUUUAUACUUAUAAAACAUGGAGAUAGAAGGGAAUUGUUUUGAAUAAGGAUUUAAAGCAUAG